AUGGCACCCCCGACACGACAGCCACAGCCAGCACCCGAUUCGCCCCGUUCCUCACUGUCUCCGGCUCCCGCAGGCUUGCAGGGAGAUCUUGAAAUGGAGCUGUUUGCGUUGGCAAACGCGCUCUACAACUUGGGAACUACGGUCAUCAAUGAUUCUACCAAAGAACGUGAUAAGCCGGGUGGUGGAAAACAGGUUGGACUCCGUGUAAACGAUGUGGUGUCCCACCUCAGCAACUUGGAUGAAAUGGCCCAGCAUGUUUCAACGAGAAUUCCCAUGCAGAUUUUGGCUGACAUUGAUAAUUCGCGAAAUCCCAUGCAACUGACCAAGGAAAGACUGGAGCGAGCGGCUACUGAGAAUCAGUUCAUGAAUGGAAAAAUCUCAGCGAUCACGUCAUACCGACGAUUGCUGGACGAAGCAAUUGUUCAAAGCUUCCCUGAACUGGAAUCCGAGUUGAACGGACAAUCCUCGGGCACUCAAUAA